AUGCUUUCUGAUUGGACCAGACUUAAGGGUCACUUGCUUUUGGAAGCAGCGCUGGCGUCUGAGGAUAAGCAGGAAAAAUGGGGGAAGCCCUUAUUAAUUUGCUCUCCUCUGAUCUUUCCCCCCACAUUCUCUCCAUCUUCUUAUGUUUCUUCUCUCUCUUGUCUACCUAAUUACUUUCUUUUUUUUAAACCUACAAUUCUUUGUACUUUUGUAUUCAUUCAAAAUGAUCACAUCAUUUGCCCAACGUUUUCAUCUAAAUUCAAUCAACCCUCUUCCUUUUUUAACCCAUCAAACAUCUUCCUUUCUUCCUCUUUAUUUUCUACAUUCUUCUUUCUUUUCUCAAUCUGUUAUCCUUUUCCUCGUCUUUUUCUUUUGAUGUCUUCUUAUAUUCUUUUUCUUUCUUAUCUUUGUUUCUUCCGCUCGCUCUCCGACUUCUUUUUCAUCUAUUUGUUGAUCUACCUUAUUCUUUCUUUUCUAAAACUAAAACCCUCCCCAUUUUCAUAUUAUUCUUCUGCUUCUCUUCGGCGAUUUACAUUCUUCUUUUAUAUGCUCCAACUUCAUGCCAUUUAUGUGCUUCCCUUCACAUUUUACUUCUUUUCAAUACUUUUCUUGAUUUCUUUUCUCAUUUGUUCCUUGUUAUUUUCUUGCUCAAAGCCAUGCCACAUCGUCGUACGCUCAAUUUUAUUCUUUCUUUCUUUUUUUUCUUUCUUUCUUUUCACGCACCGUUUAUGUCUGUCCCUUUCUAUUUCCUUUCUUUUUUUGUCACUUUUAUUUUUAUGUCUUUCUUUCUAUAAACUGUUUUAUUUCAUUCUUUCUUUCAUUCUUUCUUUCUUUAUACACGCCAUGUUUCUUCUUUGUUAUCAUUAUAUCUUUUUCCGACAACUCAUUUGGUACUUUUUCUUUCUACAAAAUAUCUUUUCUAUCGUUUCUUCUUACUUUCUACGACCUGCUUUCUUUCAUUCUUUUUUCUUUCUUUCUUUCUUUCUUUCUUUCUUUCUUUUAAAACACAUGAUGCUUUAUAUCUUUCCUUCUUUCUUUCAACGAACUACUUUAUUUCUUUCUUUAUUUUUCCAUUCUACAAAACAUUUUCCUUUCUUUCUUUUUCUUUCUUUCUUUUUUUUCUUUCUUUCUUUCUUUCUUUCUUUCUUUCUGCGAACUCUUACUUUCUACAAAACAUAUUUCCUUUAUUUUCUCUUUUGA